AAUAAAAAAGGCUUUGAAAAACCAGGGAAAAAAAACACGAGCUAAAACCAGACCGUACGGUCUUAUAGAGAGAGAGAGUGUGUGUGUGAAUGAGUGAGAGUUUUGUUUAGAGAGAGAAAGUGAGGGAGUGAGAGAGUGAGAGAGACACCAUUCUCCAUCUCUCUGCUUCGCCGUCUAUUCGAUCGAGCUCUCUCCGAUCUUUCCAGAAUAGUGUAGAACAUUCUAGAACCGUCUAGACGGAGACUUACGCUUGCCCUUUCUCUUCUAUCCUCUUUCUAGAUUCAUUUCUGUAAAGUUAUACACACACCUAAAGGCCUUGUCUUUAUGGAGUUGUACGGGCGGGCUCCGGCGAGGGAUGGGUCCCAAUCGGAUCCUUCGGUGGAAUGGAGUCCGGUCAGGGCGGUGUCGGGGCUCGAAGAGUCGAUGUGGCGGUUGGGGUUGAGCAGCAGGGAAUCCUACCCAGAGCGGCCUGGUGUGGCUGACUGUGUCUACUAUAUGAAAACCGGGUUUUGCGGGUUUGGUAGUAGGUGCCGGUAUAAUCAUCCUCGCGAUCGCAGCUCGGUUUCUACACUAAGAUCCGGAGGAGGAGAGUAUCCAGAGCGAAUUGGGGAGCCAGCAUGCCAGUUUUAUUUGAAGACUGGGACCUGUAAAUUUGGUGCGUCCUGCAGGUUUCACCAUCCAAGAAAUGGUGGUGGAUCCAUGAGCCAUGUGUCACUAAAUAUUUACGGAUACCCACUAAGACUGGGUGAGAAAGAAUGCUCCUACUAUUUGAAAACGGGGCAGUGCAAGUUUGGUAUAACAUGUAAAUUCCAUCAUCCUCAACCAGCUGGCACAUCAUUGCCAGCAUCUGCACCUACAUUUUAUCCGACGGUGCAAUCUCCUUCUGUUCCUACACCUACACAAUAUGGGGGUACAUCUACUAGCUGGAGGGUGCCAAGGCCUCCAGUAUUACCUGGUUCAUAUGUGCAAGGCCCUUAUGGUCCUGUUCUGUUCCCCCCAGGAGUGGUUCCUAUUCCGGGUUGGAGUCCUUAUUCGACACCUGUAAGCCCUGUACUGUCUCCUGGUGCUCAACCCACGGUAGGUGCUGGUUCUGUGUAUGGAGUCACGCAGCUACCUUCAACACAUACACUUGCAGGACCCUAUGCAUCGCUUCCCUCUUCUGCUGGCCCUUCAAGCAGUAACCAGAAGGAACAAGUGUUUCCAGAGAGACCAGGCCAACAAGAAUGUCAGUACUACUUGAGAACAGGAGACUGUAAAUUUGGAUCAUCUUGCAGGUAUCAUCACCCUCGGGAGUGGGUUGUCCCAAAAACAAAUUGUGUCCUUAGCCCCUUGGGUUUACCUCUACGUCCGGGGGUGCAACCUUGCACUUUCUAUCUGCAAAAUGGGUACUGCAAGUUUGGGUCCACAUGUAAAUUCGAUCAUCCACUGGGGAACAUGAGAUACAGUCCAUCAGCUUCUUCUCUCACUGAUAUGCCAGUUGCUCCAUACCCUGUGGGGUCUUCACUGGCUACUCUGGCCCCUUCAUUUUCAUCUUCAGAUCUGCGGCCUGACUUCAUUUCAGGGUCAAAAAAGGAUUCACACUCAACCAGAAUGCCUUCAUCUGGAAAUACCACCAGUAGUUCAGUUGGUUUGAUUUUCUCCCAGACUGGAUCUGUUUCGCUUUCGGACGUCCAACUGUCAGGUCAGAGUUCAGCCCCUUUAAGCAGUAGCAGAAGCACAAGACAAGGUGGUGAGGUUCGUCGUUCAAACUAGUAAAAUUUAAAAGCAAUUCUUCAAGGGGUUUCAUCACCCUCAAUAUAUUUUCUGUCGUUAGAUGUCCGUAAACUUAAUUAUAGUCAGUUGUGCAAAGUUUCAUUUCUUGUUGUCAAGGUUUAUCAACCAAUUUGGUAUAGCCCACAUUAGGAUUGAUCAUGUUUUAUGCUCAUAUAAUCUUUAUAUGCCAUCUAUUUCAACUCAAAUAAGAAGCUACAGUGGCUGGCAAGCCCCGCAUAUGAGCCCUCCUCCCUUCCCAAUAAUCAGAAGAAAAGAAAUUUAUUUCCAACAGGUAAGCCUUCAACUUUGGAAUCUUGUGAAUAUUGAUUUCUGAGCAUUUCGAGAACAAGAGAGGAUCGCCUGAUUCCAGGGUCUUUUGUCUUUUAUCCAGCUGUCUGUCUCUCUAGGGCUUCCUUUUCCUCUAUUAAUCCUCUUUACAUUUGGGAGCAAGCUUCCAGUUUUGUAAUAUUUGAGCUUAUCAGCUUAGUGUCAGAGGGUCUGAAUGGUGUUGGUUCAUUGUGGCCCUUUUUGGGGCCCUUAUGUAGAACACAUUCUUAAUAUGCUUGAAUGAUACAAGAUGUGACUGUCUGGAGGGGUGAAGGCAAAGAAAGCCCCUUGACUCUUAUGUAUAAGUUCUGUCUAUUUCUUUUUUUUAUUUCUAAUGUAUGAGAUAUUGUUGAACCCUGA